GGCAGCACUAAUUCCAACUUUAAAGGUUGCUUGCCCUCUCGCCAGAAUCCAGAAUCCAGAUUUUUGGAGAAAAGUAGUAAAGUAGUAGAGUCCAGUCAUACUUACCGGCAGCCGGACAAUAAAACUGGACAAGUCUGGCCUGUUCUGGAUGUUGCUGGUGAAGCGGAGCGCAAAGCAGGAUUAUUUAAGAUUAGAGUUACAUUUAAUAGCUGGUAUGUGAGAUGGCAUGAUCUCAUUCUAGAUGGAUCUGAUCAGUACCUGAACCUUUAAAUAAGAAAGAAGGAUCAUAUCGCUAUCUUGUCCCUUCCUGGAUGCCAUAGGCGAGAGCUGAGCUGAACUUUGCUGCUAUGCUGUGCUACGCUGUGGGUUGGGUUGGGCCGCUGCGUUGCUUGCACGGGAGGCUUUGGCUUGGCUGGGUCAGAUGCACGGACGGAUUGUGAAAGAUGGACGGAUUGGUCUCAGAUAUUUGGGUGUGUGUAACUAUGUAGACGGCUGGACAGUACUACACGGGUAAGGUAAGGUAAGGUAUCGGCUCGGGCAUGCCGACUGACGACGAUUCUUUACGACGAACCUUUCACACUUCGGGAAACGGGCUCGGUAUCUAGCCUCUACGCUUACAGUGACUGAACAUCUCUACUGUAUGCUGCACAGUGCUUUGAUACUCCAUCCGUCCCAACAAUCGAGAGAUAGGUAAAGUUUGGGUGGGCAGCUAUGCCUUUUGCUUUGAGAACUCAAAGCAAUGCGUUCCAUCAUUCGUAUGCGCCCGCACGCACGCGUCUCUUGUCCCAACGCAACUGCAACCGUGUAGUAGUUAGUGUAAAGGGAGCACACACAGCAGUUUGCUUGCGCGGUACCGCUCCGCCCCAUCAGUCCCAGCGCAGUGGCAACUUCGCGGCCGUUUGUUUCAGGGAAGCAACGGCUUCGUUUCGAUGUUUCCUUUAUUAUUCGCUCGCCUCCACCACCAGCUCCGUCUCCUCCACGCGAGCGAGCGAUACCCGUCUUCGGCGUCUUGGGGGGGGGGGGUUUGGGGCUGGAAGAAGAUAGAGCGCCAUGUGAAGUUGGGAUGGGGACCUUGCAUGCGGAGGAUUUUCGUCGCCUGUAGGUGGACGCCUUCCCGCGAGCCAGCGAGCCGUUCAACCACGAGACAGUAGAAGGAGUCAACACAGGAGAGCAGCAGCCGUCGGCCAAGCCAGCCAGCCAGCCAGCCCGGCCUCCAGAACUCCACGAAGUUGGCGAGCGAGCGAGCGGUUGAGCAAGCCAGCCGAGGAGAAAAAACAGCCUUUGCCGUCGCCUUUACCGUCAUCUAAGACACGUGGAAGUUGUGCUGCAAGUUUAAAUGGCAAAGUAAAAUGAAGAGGCAGCAGAAGCAGGCAUACGAAGAAAACGAGAUGACAGCAGAAAGUCGACUCUUGUUCCUCGUCAUUAAGAAUUACCUUAAAGAGGUCAGGGCAAGCAAGAUCAAAGUCCAGGAAAUCUUCCUUGCCCUGUCUGACCGACCAUUAUUGCACAAAAUAAAUGAAUAUCCACAACAUCCUCAUCUCGCUCUUCCCUGCCUGUUCCCUUCCUUUUCAGCCUCCACCAAAUCUCCCUCCCUCCCUCCCUCCCUCCCUCCCUCCCUCCCAUGCCAGAUGCCACAUGGCAGGGAAGGAGGUAGUUCUCCGGCACAAGUGAAAAAUUUCCUUCAAAUCGACCCAGCAAACAGGAAACGAGCCCCCCUUUUUACAGUACCUCCACUUUUCCCACCCGUCCCAUCUUCCAGAAGGUGAAAUCGAAGGUUUUAAAACUGGGCCUGGAACUCCACCUAUCCAAUAAUUCCAACCCCCCGGCUCCACUGAAUCCAGGAACGGCCAGGGAUGUGGCUGGCUACGUACUGUAGCGUCCCCAUGGUGCUGCAGUAGGUGGAUCUCAGAACAAUCUUGGC